GCCCCCGGGCGGCGGGUUUAUAUCGGCGGGCGCGGCCAGCGCGCAGCGGUACAGCGGCUUCGCGAUCCCCGUAGCCAGCGAGAUGGAGGGCGGGCGGCAGGUGGCCAAUUUCGGGGCCGGACCGGCCAAGCUGCCGCGCUCCGUGUUAUUAGAAGCACAGAAAGAAUUGGUGGACUAUAAAGGACUUGGUAUAAGUGUUCUUGAGAUGAGCCAUCGGACCUCGGAUUUCACAAAAAUUUUAAAUACAGCUGAAAAUCUCUUGCGUGAAUUGCUAAAUAUACCAGAAAACUAUAAAGUUAUUUUCCUCCAAGGAGGUGGAUCUGGUCAGUUCAGUGCAAUCCCACUUAAUCUUAUUGGUUUAAAGGAGGGAAGACAUGCAGAUUAUGUGGUUACUGGAGCUUGGUCAGCAAAAGCAGCUAAAGAAGCAGAGAAGUAUGCCAAAGUGAAUAUUGUUCAUCCAAAACUAGGAUCCUAUACGCACAUUCCUGACCCAAGCACUUGGAAUCUUGAUCCAAAUGCAUCUUAUGUCUAUUACUGUGCUAACGAGACUGUUCAUGGUGUGGAAUUUGACUUUGUACCUGAUGUCAAAGGAGCAGUCUUGGUUUGUGAUAUGUCAUCAAACUUCCUGUCCAGACCUGUGGAUGUUUCGAAGUUUGGUGUGAUUUUUGCUGGUGCUCAGAAGAAUGUUGGCUGUGCAGGAGUUACUGUUGUAAUAGUACGUGAGGACUUGCUGGGAUUUGCACUGAAGGAGUGCCCUGUGGUACUGGAUUACAAGACACAAGUAACGAAUGGCUCUUUGUAUAACACUCCACCAUGCUACAGUAUUUAUAUCAUGGGAUUGGUACUGGAAUGGAUAAAGAAUAAUGGUGGAGCUGCAGCUAUGGAUAGACUUAGUUUAAUCAAGUCACGAAUGAUUUAUGAUAUUAUAGACAAAUCUAAUGGAUUCUAUGUAUGCCCAGUGGAGAAAAACAACCGAAGCAGAAUGAAUGUCCCUUUCCGUAUUGGCAGUGUCAAGGGUGAUGAAGCGCUGGAAAAGAAAUUUCUUGAGAAAGCUGUGGAACUUAAUAUGAUAUCUCUGAAAGGCCAUCGAUCUGUGGGAGGAAUCCGUGCCUCUUUAUAUAAUGCGGUGACUGUAGAAGAUGUUCAGAAGCUUGCAACAUUCAUGAGAAGCUUCAUGCAGAUGCAUCAGUCAUAAAACCCUGUUGGUUAGAACCAUGCUGCACAUCUGUGAAAUAAAAGCUAAAAGGCUUUCACAGCUUUUGUGUACAGCUGUAGCGCACAAGUAACAUUUUCUUUUAGUUCCUGUAGCUAUUUUAGUUAACUGCAUGGGAUUGAGGCUUGAUCUUGCAAUGGCUUGGCAGUCUUGGCUUCACUGAAUAUGAGGAUGUCUAGACUGAUCAAAUUUGGUUCCAAAAUUCACAAAACAGUAUUCUUAAUUGUGUAGCUAAAACAUGAGUAUCAUUGUAAGGUGCUAUUGAUCAGAGUCUGUUUCUUGAUUUUACUCACAAAUGAGUUCAGCUGUGCCUUGUUUUCAGUGAACUUCAGGAGGCAAAUUUUGUCAUAAGUUUUCUGUAAUGCUUAACAAAUAUUCUGUGACUGCACAGUAAAGCUAGAACUAAUGCCAAGUGUUCUUUGGGGAUAUCUGUUUGGUUUAUUAGAUAUAUUCAAGCAGUAUACCAACAGCAAUAUGUGGGAGUUAAUAUCUACAUUCCUAUUUUGAGGAUGUUGCCUUCAGACUUCUGCUCCCAUUCUUGCAGUACUGUCAUAACUCUUCCAUGCAGCAAUGCAUUGUAGUUAGUCUGUAGGACUGGGCCUUUUUUGCUAUUAUUGUUUAUUGGUUUAAAGGUAAGAUACACGAGUGUGCAUUUUGUCUAUUACACUUUUCUAGGUUAUUAAUUCUAUAUUCUUAUUUUAGAAUGUGCAUGUUUGCUGCCGCCAAAAACUAGUUUUUAAUUUCUUAACAUGCUCAAUCUAGUUUUCUCUGCCUUUCUCACUGCUUCAGUUCUGUAGUCUUUUGUAUGUGUGGAUUUGCCCAGCUGCAGUAGGUAGAAGCCUUGACUUUUCUGCCUUUUCCUGACAUUACAUCACACUUUUGGUCCAAUUUUCGUGCUUGAUCCUUCUGGCUUAUUCUGGACUUUGAUACUCUGGGCUAGAGAAGGAACGGGUUACGCAAACAGAAGAUCUUCUAUUAAUGGUACCCUUCAGUUACUUUUCCUUCUCAGCUUGUAAAUUUACUGGUGAUAACAAAAUAUUAACAGUAGUGUCAUAUAAUCAUAGUGUUUAGCAUUACUGCAGCUGGUUUCAGACUGUAAACUCUUUGGUACAGGACUUGGAUUUUUGGAUUUUGGUGUAACACCAGCAGUGUAGCAAAAGUUUAAUAAUGAUAAUGAUGGAUUGUCCCUUUCUUAGUGGAACCUCAUGGCAAAUCAAUGGAGUUCUACUAGGGCUGAGUUACAUUCCAAUCUGAAAAGUCAUCAUUUUAUGACUACUGUUUUGAGAUUUUUGACAACUUUUGUCCACUUUGUAAGUCAAAGUAGUUGAAGAAAAUAAAACCUGAUCGCAAUGUACUGUGAAAUACCAAUGUGUCUGAAGCUUGUGUUUUUGUUGGUUUCAGAAGUAUGAAAAGUCAUGCGUAAUAUGUAUUAUAAUUUUAAAUUCCAGUAUCGUUCUUAUCCCUGAAAAGUAAGAUUCCCUCAUUUAUAUCUUAUUUCUUUCUUGAAAUAGUCUUUCCUACAAGUAGCAUGGGAACAAAAGCAUUACUGUGGGGAGGCUUUGAAAACUCUUUUUGCUCUGCCAAUCAAGAAGAUUCAGUUCUGGAUCUGCUUUUUAACUUUCUAAGUUUCUACUUCCUCUGAAUUUUUGCAUACUUGUUUUCAACAGUAACUGUGGCUUAUCCCUUGUUCAAAAAGGUAGAAAACCUUUCUAUUUUAUAAUAGCCUUGCAUUCCCCUUAGCAGUCACACUUCUGUGUGUGAUUACAAAAAAGCAUGUAGUGCUGUAUGCAGCUGAUGCAUGAUACCAACAAGGGAUCUCUUUGCUGCUUCUCAAUUGUGCCUAACAUCUUGUCAAUUAAAGACUCUUUUUUUC